AUGACGACGACGACGAUGACGACGUUACGACGAGAGCUGGAUGAGUGCUGUUGUACUGUGGCGCCGACAACUGCUGCGGACAAGGUACCGAUAACUGGAUUGCAGCACCACAUUGCUGCACUGGACCUCUUGACGCGAAACGUAGGAUACACUGAAUACCCACGAUCCGGAAUACUGAAGACACGGAAGGUGACGUUGAACACUGGGGGAAUAAACGACGACGACACGGAAGACGCAGCCGACGAUAAAGCUGAACAUAUACACUCAGUCUUAUAG